GGGAGCGCGCGCGGGCCCCGCCCUUCCUGCCGGGAAGGAGGAGCGGGAGGGGGCGGGCGCAGCCGGACGGGAAGAUGGCGGACCUGGAGGAGCAGCUGUCCGACGAGGAGAAGGUGCGUAUAGCAGCAAAAUUCAUAAUUCAUGCUCCUCCUGGGGAAUUCAAUGAGGUGUUCAAUGAUGUUCGGUUGCUGCUUAAUAAUGACAAUCUUCUCAGGGAAGGAGCAGCCCAUGCAUUUGCACAGUACAACUUGGACCAGUUUACUCCUGUAAAAAUUGACGGUUACGAUGAACAGGUUUUGAUAACAGAACAUGGUGAUUUGGGAAAUGGAAAAUUUCUGGAUCCCAAGAACAAGAUUUCUUUUAAAUUUGAUCACUUGAGAAAGGAGGCUACUGAUCCUAGACCCCAUGAAGUUGAAAAUGCCAUAGAGUCCUGGAGAAAUUCAGUUGAAACAGCAAUGAAAGCAUAUGUGAAGGAACACUAUCCAAAUGGUGUCUGCACAGUGUAUGGUAAAACAAUUGAUGGACAGCAAACCAUUAUUGCAUGCAUAGAGAGCCAUCAGUUUCAAGCAAAAAAUUUUUGGAAUGGCCGUUGGAGGUCAGAAUGGAAGUUUACAAUCACCCCUUCAACCACUCAAGUGGCUGGCAUCUUGAAAAUUCAGGUUCACUAUUAUGAAGAUGGUAAUGUUCAGCUGGUGAGCCAUAAAGACAUACAAGAUUCUCUAACAGUGUCUAAUGAAGCCCAGACAGCGAAGGAAUUUAUAAAAAUUGUGGAGGCUGCAGAAAAUGAAUAUCAGACUGCUAUCAGUGAGAACUAUCAGACUAUGUCGGACACUACUUUCAAGGCCUUACGUCGACAGUUGCCAGUUACCCGCACCAAGAUUGACUGGAACAAGAUCCUUAGCUAUAAAAUUGGAAAAGAGAUGCAGAAUGCUUAAAGUGAACAUUGCAUGACUGGAUAAUUUUAGUGUCCUUGUAUACAAAUAAAAAUUAUUACAAAUAAUUAUUUGGAACUGUCAAAUCACCCAGUCAGCAUGGGCUUUUGCCAUUGAAAAUCACUGUAAGUAGUUUGGUUAGAGCACAAAGCUUAGCUAAUUGACUUUUUUUCUUUUUCCUUCCUUUCAGAGGGUUGCAACUUCACUAUAGCUGAAUAUCUUCCUUUAGAGUUUCCGUUGUACCUUUAUUUUUUUAUAAUGGAGAGACCAUGCCUUUAGUUUUCAAUUACACAUUAAGAACAGUGGAAAAAAUAUUUUUGCAUAUGAUAACCCUUCUUCUUGCUUUCAUGUGAAAUGGACAACUUGCAAAAUUUGCUGGAUUCCUUGUGGAGAUCAGUAACAUGCAUUUCUAGGUCAAAGUCAAAGUGGAGUUUGCCAUAGGUGCUGUUUCUGAAAUCAUCUGUCCUUUCAUUGUAUGUCAAAUUGGGAAAAGCAUUUUCUGUGUCAUUUAAACAUAGAAGACAUACUUGCUAGCCCCAUGGUAGCUAAUUAAUUUUUUUUGAAGAAAACGCCGAGGUCUAAAGCUGUUUAAAGGUUUUGAAAUUAAAUAAAAGUACUUACUCCAGAAAUGCAUUUAAUGCUUUGUUCUGACUCCAUCUGCCCUCCAAGUUUUUUUAUCAUGAAGCUACAAAUGUAUUAUAACAAGGCAUAUUGUAAUAUAUAUAAUCCUGUACUCAUUACUAUGUCUGUUUAUUUUUUCUUGGAUUGAAAUGUACUAAAAUUCAAUGUGACAUUAAAACGCAAAUUUUCUAUUUAUUUGAGUAUCAGAUUGCUUCCUGAUAUAGCCCAUUUUUGGUGUUUCUAAAUGUUUUUAAAAUUCUGCUUGAAACAGCCACAAACUUGUAUCUUUAAGCAUUGUAAUAUCAUUAUUGUUUUCAUCUGCAUUGAAAAAACUUCUGCAUAUGGAAGUCUGCUUUACAGCGGUUAUUUUAGCUUUGUAUUGGCUACAGAGGAUAGAAGAAAUUCCAAGACCAAAAAUUAAUACAUUUGUUUGGAGAAUUCUUUCUCUGUCUAUCUCAUUUUGAAAAUGAAUGUCAGGUAUCUAAAAACACAGACUUUGUUACAAAUGCUGUAUAAAACUUCCAUGAAAUGCAUAGAUUUCAUUUUUAAUUGGAUAAAAACUUGUUUUACAGUAUGCUACCUACUUAAAUACUCAUAAAUUAAAAUUAAACAGCUUUUUUAUUUUUAGAAGGCAGGUGUUUAUACACACUCCUAAACCAGUAGAGCUUAUACAAAUAUUUUAUGUCUUUGUUUACAGCAUGAUCUAAUUACCUAAAACUUUCAAGUUACAGCAUAGCAAGAGAGUCUAGACUUGUACUGAGUAUAAAAAUGUACAUAUGAAGUAGUUUGUUGUUUGAAUUUUAAUAGCAAUAUCCCAGUAUUCUGUUCUUCAGUGCUCUCUUACACAGAGGUAUAGAAGUUCUUAAAACUGCUGCUACUUUACAGUACUAAACUGUAUAGUAGAAGAAUGGAAUUUGUUCUACCACAGUCUUCCUGGAUAGUUGCCCUCCCAAUUGUCUUUGUAGUUCAGCUUCUGAACCAUGUUGUUCUUUUCAAAUUAGCUCAUAAAACCUGCAUGUGAGAUAAUAAUAAAUGCUGAGUCACUGUCAAGUCAUUCUUAAUCAAGAUCUAAAUACAAACACUAUUGAAGAAUUUCUUCCAACAUAUUUAAGAACAAGGUAAAAAGAGGCAGUGAAUGGACAGUUAGGGGAAUUGUUAAUGGGCAACAACGUGCAAAUAACUUUUCUAUCUGUUUAGAAUGUUGCAAAUUACCAGAAUCAGCGCUGACUAAAAGUCAGAAUGCUAUUUUUCUUACCUGAAAUAAAGAGCUAGUUUUAAAUAUAUUCCAAAUAAAGAGGUAUUUUACUGUGAAGUACUCUAUUACUGUAUUUCCCUCUCUGUUUGUUCAGUCCUGUGAUAGUCUUAAUUCUUUAUCUUGAAAGAAUUGCUUCCUUCAGGUUCAAUUCUACCAGUUGGAUAGCAUCAGUAAAUCUGUGUUACUUAUGUUUUUUCUUGUGUUAAAUUUUUAGUCUGUGAGACAACAAAGUUUAUUAAGUUAUAGCUUCAAUAAAGCCAUUUGUAAGUAAAUCAACUAUUCUGUUACGUUUUCAAAAUGGUGUGCUGUAUCAUAUUUAGGAGUAGUGACUCCUCAGAUGAAGCUAACCUAUCAGCUGAAGCACAUGGCACAAUUGGAGUUCUUGAUUUCUAGCAAAGGAUGUCACUUCUUGGAUGUCAGUUGCACUUUUUCUUUUGUUUCUAUCCCUACCACUUCUAAGUUGGAGAAUUUUAGAGCUUGCUUGGUAGGCUUUAGAGUAUUUUCUGUAGGUAAAGCACUUUCUCUGAGAAUUUUUGCUGUGGCAAUUGUCUUAAUGUGAACUACUAUUUGUUUAUAUUCUAUUUUUAAAUAUAAAGACAAGCUUUGUAUUGUUGAAUCUUGAUGUAAUAGACAUUUUGGCUUGUAAAAUGGACUUGUAAAAUGCUUGUGUUUUUGAAGUGUAUUACAUCUUAUGUAUCUUAGUGCCCCUUUAUAUUAAGGACUUUUUAACUUCUGCAAGUAAGCAGCUGUUUUUUGCAAACAUCUGCAACAGGAUUGGCAGUUCUGCUUUCAGGUUCUCCUGAGCAGCCUGUUUUUGUAUGUCUGUCUUAAAAUUCACACUGUGGGUAGAAGGAAAUUUUCAAAUCAUUGUAAUUUUGAUUACAUUGCUACUGCUGCUUAUCACUGUACAUGCUGAUAACAAUUCUGCCAUCUCGUUCCACUGGGAACAUUGCAACACAGUUCAUUAGGAAAUGGUGAUUCAUCCCAGGGCUAAAAGCGUUGUGUGAGACUGAACAUCCUGAGAGAUAUGUUCUCUUUAGGGGACAUCUCCAGCAAUGUAGUUUGUGCAGUUUGGAAAUCCCUCUCUCAUCCCCUCAUCUCACAGACUGGUUUGGCUGUCAAAUCUGUUUUGGUGCUCUUGAGUUUGCUUCCUUGUGGAGAACUCAGAACUGGGACCUGGGCUCUGGGUGUGCACCGGCUGCCUUCCAGUUCUAAAUGGUGACCUGAGUCCAUAGCAGUUGAAACCACCACCUACCUACCCACACCUACCUGUGUUGAGGAUGUCUGGAGCUUCAAACAAAAAUGGGUCUCAUAUUUCCAGACUGUAAAUACUGUAGGUAUAGAAGUUUCAUCAACUGUUCAGUUCUGUGGAUUCACUCCUAUAAUAUUGAAUUACUUGCUGAUACAGACAUAGCCUCUGCUGCAUUUGUUGACUGGAAAGACUGAAACUGUUCAUCUGAUGCAAUUGUAAACUAGGUUUAGAUUAAACUUAGUUUGUUCAUAA